CGUAUCGCACGUACUACAACAACAACAAGGCGAAGGCCAAAACCACAGCAGUUGCCGCAGUUGAAAGAUCUACUUUAUGUCAUUUGCGUUGAGUUUCACCAGAUAUUCUACAAGGAUGUUAGCAAUACCCAACUUGAUCUUCAAUGUCACUGGAUUGGCACAGCGUUUGGCGUGUAAAAGUGCUGCUUCACAUGGCCCGAGCUUAGGAUCAGAGGCAGAACAGUUCAAUGUUGUGACCACCCUGACUGACAGCGGAGAUGUCCUAGAGAUGGUCAAGUCAGUCAUCCCACCGCUAGAACGCAGCAAAUACAAAGGACAAGAUGGCCGCCUAGCCACCAUUGGGGGAUGCAAGGAGUACACUGGAGCCCCAUACUUUGCUGCCAUGGCAGCAUUGAAAACUGGCUGUGAUUUGUCGCAUGUAUUCUGUGCCAAGGAAGCAGCACCAGUUAUCAAGUCUUACUCACCAGAACUCAUUGUACAUCCAGUUCUAGAUAGUGAUGAUGGGGUUGAGGAGACGUGUGCAUGGCUUCCUCGCAUGCAUACCCUCAUAAUAGGACCGGGACUGGGCCGUGACCAAGCACUCUUAAAGAACGUACUGGCUGUCAUCGAUCGGGCCAAAGAUUUAAACAUUCCCAUGGUGAUUGACGCAGACGCUGUAUUUCUUCUGGGAGAAAACCCUGAGGCCAUCCAGAACUACACCAAGGCAAUCCUCACACCAAAUAUUGUAGAAUUCAACCGUCUCUACAGAAAUGUGGUUGGACAUGAAGCAGAUCCCACUGAACCAGUAGGCAACACGAUGAGACUAAGCCAGAAACUGGGUAAUGUGACGAUCGUCAUGAAGGGAGAGAACGAUAUCAUAUCCAAUGGCAUCAAUGUCUUGGUAUGUUGUGGCGAUGGUAGCGGUAGACGGUGUGGUGGACAGGGCGAUAUCCUGGCUGGGGCGAUGGGCACCUUUGCCUACUGGGCUCACAAGGCGCACGCAGAUCCCGACAGACAACCCAAUGAGUUCCUGAAGCAUUUCCUCCCGACACUGUGUGCAGCCUACGCUGGCUGUCUGCUGACCAAACGCUGCUCCACACUCGCCUUCCAUAAGCACAAGAGGAGCACUACGACCUCUGACAUGAUGUCAGAGGUCAGCCAAGCAUUCUGCCUGCUCUUUGAUGAAUGAUGUCAACAGAUGAUGACAUUGAGCAAAGUUGGAAGCCCUGUUCACUUUACAGUUAUUUAAAAAAUCUAUUGAAUUUCAUGAAAAUGUUUCUGUCCAAGGUGCAUGCAUUUCUAAAGAAAAGAGGAUAAGGUGUAGGGAACAAAUAUUCAACAUUUGAAGUGCCAACAAAGCAAGGCGAGAAACUAAUAACCAGUUUUCUCAUUGGAACAUGCUUUUGUCCUGCAGUGUAUGAGUAAGCAAAGUGUGACCUUGUAGCAAACUUUGUAUUUUUUUUCUUAAAGAAUAUACCUUUUUUUUGUAUUUUUGUGAAAGGGACUUUUCUUUUAUUUUAAAACUUCACACUGCUUCUGAACAGAUAAUGCACUACCUCUGUAAAAUAUUGAAGUAUUUAAGCAGUAAUGUUUUUAACAAUAUUUGAGGCACAUUUACAUUUUGUUCUUACUUAAUGUUAAAAAAAUAUUGAUUUAAACUUGAUUUUACUCGUAUUGCUUUCUUUAGGAUUAAACAACCCCCCCCCAUGAAAAAAAAAAUAAUUCCAGCAUAUCUUCUGAAAUCCUUUUGAAUAACAAACUUUUAAAUUCAUUUUUUUUUCUCAAGAAUGUACAUGUCUUUUUUUUUAAACAGACAUUUCUGUUAUUUCAAAAUUUCACAAGUAGUUUCUGAACAGACAGUGCUCUACCUCUGUUGUAUAUUAAAGUAUUCAGGCUGUGAUUUAUUUAACAAAGAAAUUCAUUACAUUGAGACAUAUAUAUUUUGUUCUCAUAAAUAUUACUAAAUUCUUCUAUUUCAAAACUUCACAAUUUUUGUAUAAACUAGUGUUCAGUCAGAUUAUUUAGAAAUAAUCUUCUAAGGACUUGGUUCAGGCCGGUAAAUAAUGUGGUUAUAAUCCUGUGUAAGUUUAUAUCUGAAAAGGUACAUUUUUGGCAUAUACAGUAUGUGUACAUAUAAUGGAUCAUUGUGCUGUCGUAAACGCUAGUUCAUAUACUUCACAUGAAUGUGAAUGCAAAAGGAACUUUACGUCAACAAAAAUCACAGCAAAAUUUGCGGCAUUGGAAAUGUUUUCAAUUUUGUGAUUUUACAGCAUUUAUUUAUUUUGACGUCCCAUUUUACGUUCACAUUUAGACUGUUAACCAGUUUAAACCAGUUUGAACCGGGUUGAAUCAGCCUGUAUGUAUGCUGUUUGCUAGAUGCAAUCAAAUAGAUUGUUUUUAUUCAUUUAAAAAUAUCACAAGGAUUGCCACCCAUUAAAGUGUUGAAUCAGGAAGGAAAAAAAUCCUUCUAAAAUAUAGAGAAAUUGAAAGAGCAGUAUAGCCUUUUUAAAGGGCUGUUUAUUGAAUUUGUAUUAAGAUGCAGAUUUAUCAUCUACAUUUAAAUCAUGAAAAGCAAAAGACUUGCCACUAAAUGUGAUUGCAGUUAACAUGCAUGGCAGUAAGUCCAGUCAAUUCACACACACUGGAUCUCGGUAUACAAGUUGUUAACCUUAAUCGACAAGUUGUGUACCUUGAUCUUGUAGCAAGUUCAAUAUGUAUAUGAACUUUUAAAGUUUAUGCAGGAAUGUCUUCGAUGGUGGAGUGAAUAUAAUUAUGCUGGUAAUAGUACAAGUAAGCCAAAAUAUCGCAGUUUUCCAGAAUUUUUGCAGGGAAUGAUAUUGCACAAUGGGCCCCUGUAUAUGAAGCAGUUGUUGAACCAAAGCAUGAUGUCACUAUUAAAGAGUUGUCCUUUAACAAAGUGAUCAUUGUAUUUCAGACAUUGCUUGUUUUGCCAGUUAAAAAAAUCCAGGCAGACAUAAAAGUAUAGAUGAGGAACACUGUUGUUUUACUAUCUCUUGGCAAGUUUGGCAGCACAUGCUGAUGACAUUGAAUUUCUGAAAUGUGAACCCUGUCAUGUCCGUUAUCCACAAAAGUUUUUAUUGUCACAAAGUAAUAUGGAAAUAACUAUUAUGAAAAUAUUCACAAUAAAUUUGUUAUUUUCUUUUGAAAGUCA